GUGCAGGAACAGAGAAUAAACUGAGCUCUCUCUCUGACCUGGAACAACAGUACAGAGCCUUGCGCAAAUACUAUGAAAACUGUGAGGUGGUCAUGGGCAACCUGGAGAUAACCAGCAUUGAGCACAACCGAGACCUCUCCUUCCUGCGGUCUAUUCGGGAAGUCACAGGCUACGUGUUAGUGGCUCUUAAUCAGUUUCGUUACCUGCCUCUGGAGAAUUUACGCAUUAUUCGUGGGACAAAACUUUAUGAGGAUCGAUAUGCCUUGGCGAUAUUUUUAAACUACAGAAAAGAUGGAAACUUUGGUCUUCAAGAACUUGGAUUAAAGAACUUGACAGAAAUCCUAAAUGGUGGAGUCUAUGUAGACCAGAACAAAUUCCUUUGUUAUGCAGACACCAUUCAUUGGCAAGAUAUUGUUCGGAAUCCAUGGCCUUCCAACUUGACCCUGGUGUCAACAAAUGGUAGCUCAGGAUGUGGACGUUGCCAUAAAUCUUGCACUGGUCGAUGCUGGGGACCCACAGAAAGUCAUUGCCAGACAUUGACAAGGACGGUGUGUGCAGAGCAAUGUGACGGAAGAUGCUAUGGACCCUACGUCAGUGACUGCUGCCAUCGAGAAUGUGCCGGAGGCUGCUCGGGACCGAAGGACACAGACUGCUUUGCCUGCAUGAAUUUCAAUGACAGUGGAGCAUGUGUUACUCAGUGUCCCCAAACCUUUGUCUACAAUCCAACCACCUUUCAGUUGGAGCACAACUUCAAUGCAAAGUACACGUAUGGAGCAUUCUGUGUCAAGAAAUGCCCACAUAACUUUGUGGUGGAUUCCAGUUCUUGUGUGCGUGCUUGCCCGAGCUCCAAGAUGGAAGUAGAAGAAAAUGGAAUUAAAAUGUGUAAACCUUGCACUGAUAUUUGCCCAAAAGCUUGUGAUGGCAUUGGCACAGGAUCAUUGAUGUCAGCUCAGACUGUGGAUUCCAGUAACAUUGACAAAUUCAUAAACUGCACCAAGAUCAAUGGAAAUUUGAUCUUCCUUGUCACUGGUAUUCAUGGGGAUCCUUACAAUGCAAUUGAGGCCAUAGACCCAGAGAAACUGAAUGUCUUUAGGACAGUCAGAGAGAUAACAGGUUUCUUGAACAUCCAAUCAUGGCCUCCAAACAUGACCGACUUCAGUGUUUUUUCUAACCUGGUGACCAUUGGUGGAAGAGUACUCUAUAGUGGCCUCUCCUUGCUUAUUCUCAAGCAACAGGGCAUCACCUCUCUACAUUUCCAGUCUCUGAAAGAAAUCAGCGCAGGAAACAUCUAUAUUACCGACAACAGCAACCUGUGCUAUUAUCAUACCAUUAAUUGGACAACACUCUUCAGCACAAUCAACCAAAGAAUAGUAAUCCGGGACAACAGGAAAGCUGAAAACUGUACCGCCGAAGGAAUGGUGUGCAACCAUCUGUGUUCAAGUGACGGCUGUUGGGGACCUGGACCAGACCAGUGCCUGUCUUGCCGCCGCUUCAGUAGGGGAAAGACCUGCAUAGAGUCCUGCAACCUCUAUGACGGUGAAUUUCGGGAGUUUGAGAAUGGCUCCAUCUGUGUGGAGUGUGACCCCCAGUGUGAGAAGAUGGAAGAUGGCCUCCUCACAUGCCAUGGACCGGGACCUGACAACUGUACAAAGUGCUCUCAUUUUAAAGAUGGCCCAAACUGUGUGGAAAAAUGUCCAGAUGGCUUACAGGGGGCAAACAGUUUCAUUUUCAAGUAUGCUGAUCAGGACCGGGAGUGCCACCCAUGUCAUCCAAACUGCACCCAAGGGUGUAACGGUCCCACUAGUCAUGACUGCAUUUACUACCCAUGGACGGGCCAUUCCACCUUACCACAACAUGCUAGAACUCCCCUGAUUGCAGCUGGAGUCAUUGGUGGGCUCUUCAUUCUGGUCAUCUUGGGUCUGACAUUUGCAGUUUAUGUUAGAAGGAAGAGCAUCAAAAAGAAAAGAGCCUUGAGAAGAUUCCUGGAAACGGAGUUGGUGGAACCCUUAACGCCCAGCGGCACUGCACCCAAUCAAGCUCAACUUCGUAUUUUGAAAGAAACAGAGCUCAAGAGGGUCAAAGUCCUUGGCUCAGGCGCUUUUGGUACCGUUUAUAAAGGUAUUUGGGUACCUGAAGGAGAAACUGUGAAAAUUCCUGUGGCUAUUAAGAUUCUCAAUGAGACAACUGGUCCCAAGGCCAAUGUGGAAUUCAUGGAUGAAGCUCUGAUCAUGGCAAGUAUGGACCAUCCACACCUAGUUCGGUUGUUGGGUGUGUGUCUGAGCCCAACCAUUCAACUGGUUACCCAGCUCAUGCCCCAUGGCUGCCUGCUGGAUUACGUCCACGAGCACAAGGAUAACAUAGGAUCACAGCUCUUGCUUAACUGGUGUGUCCAAAUAGCUAAGGGAAUGAUGUACCUGGAAGAAAGACGGCUUGUUCAUCGAGACUUGGCAGCCCGGAAUGUCUUAGUGAAAUCGCCAAACCAUGUGAAAAUCACAGACUUUGGGCUGGCCAGGCUCUUGGAAGGAGAUGAAAAAGAAUACAAUGCAGAUGGAGGAAAGAUGCCAAUUAAAUGGAUGGCUCUGGAGUGUAUACAUUAUAGGAAGUUCACCCAUCAGAGUGAUGUUUGGAGCUAUGGAGUCACUAUAUGGGAACUGAUGACUUUUGGAGGAAAACCCUAUGACGGAAUUCCAACACGAGAAAUCCCUGAUUUGUUAGAGAAAGGAGAACGUUUGCCUCAACCUCCCAUCUGCACUAUUGACGUUUACAUGGUCAUGGUCAAAUGUUGGAUGAUUGAUGCUGACAGCAGACCUAAAUUUAAGGAGCUGGCUGCUGAAUUUUCAAGGAUGGCUCGAGACCCUCAAAGAUACCUAGUUAUUCAGGGUGAUGAUCGUAUGAAGCUUCCCAGUCCAAAUGACAGCAAGUUCUUUCAGAAUCUUUUGGAUGAAGAGGACUUAGAAGACAUGAUGGAUGCUGAGGAGUACCUGGUCCCUCAGGCUUUCAACAUCCCACCUCCCAUCUAUACUUCCAGAGCAAGAAUUGACUCAAACAGGAGUGAAAUUGGACACAGCCCUCCUCCUGCCUACACCCCCAUGUCAGGAAACCAGUUCGGGUACCGAGAGGGGGGCUGCGCCGCCGAGCAAGGAGCGGCCGUGCCCCACCGGGCCGCCACCAGCCCCCUGCCAGAAGCUCCGGUGGCGCGGGGGGCCCCGGCCGAGCUUUUCGACGACGCCUGCUGCAACGGCACCCUCCGCCAGCCAGCGGCCCCCCACGUCCCAGAGGACAGCGGCACUCAGAGGUACAGCGCCGACCCCACGGUGUUUGCCCCCGAACGGAGCCCCCGGGGCGAGCUGGACGGAGAAGGUUACCUGACGCCGAGGCGAGACAAGCCCAAGCAAGAAUACCUGAAUCCUGUGGAGGAGAACCCCUUUGUUUCUCGGAGGAAAAAUGGAGACCUCCAAGCGUUGGAUAAUCCCGAAUAUCACAAUGCUGCCAAUGGUCCACCCAAGGCAGAGGAUGAGUAUGUGAACGAGCCGCUGUACCUCAACACGUUCACCAACGCCUUGGGAAAGGCCGAGUACCUGAAGAACAACGUACUGUCUGUGCCAGAGAAAGCCAAGAAAGCGUUUGACAACCCUGACUACUGGAACCACAGCCUGCCACCUCGCAGCACCCUUCAGCACCCAGACUACCUGCAGGAGUACAGCACAAAAUAUUUUUAUAAACAGAAUGGACGGAUCCGGCCUAUUGUGGCAGAGAAUCCUGAAUACCUCUCUGAGUUCUCGCUGAAGCCAGGCACUGUGCUGCCCCCUCCACCCUACAGACACCGGAAUACUGUGGUGUAAGCUCAGCUGUGGUUUUAACCUGGAGAGACACACCCACUCCAAUUUCUCCACCCCCCUCUCUUUCUCUGGUAGUCUUCCUUCUAUCCCCAAGGCCAGUAGUUUUGACACUUCCCAGCGGAAGAUAUAGAAAUGUAAUGAUAGUUAUGUGCUUAUCUAACUUGAACACUAGAAGGAAGGACUGAAAGAGGAAGACAGGAGGAACCACAUUGUUUCUUCAUUUCUCUGCAUGGGUUGGUUAGGAGCAAGGAGCAGCUAGAGAAGGACCAGAAAAUGUAAGGCAAUACUGCCUGUUGUCAAACUAGCUGUCAAGUUUUUUUUUCUUUUUCUUUUUCUUUCUUUCUUUGUUUUUCCUCUUCUUUUUUAAUGCAGAUGGUUGAAACACCCAUGCUGUCCGUUCCUAUCUGUAGGAACUGAUGUGUGUGCAUAUUCCGCAUCCUUGGAAAUUAGUUUCCAUUAGAACAAAAGAAUACCUUUUUCUAUAACAUGUGAUAGACUCUGAAAUUGAGAAACCAACUUUUCCCCCCAAGAGUUUCUGCCCUGCAAGUAAGAAUGACCAACUCAGCUUUCACAAUUUAAAAAUCUUCAUCAAAUUUAUAACUAGUAAUUAUAUUUGGAAGGCUUUUUUUUUUUUUCAUUUUGUUUUGCAUUGGCCUAUUCUUCUAUAUUAGUUUCUUCUCUAUUUUUGGCUUUAAUUUCUAAUUGCAAUGAUGUUUACAUCAAAGCUUCUUGAAAGAAUUUACACAAGAAAUAUUUUAAUAUGGUGAAGUGACCCCUAUUUUAAAUAAACAGUCUUUAAAAUUAGAAGGGGAGGCCAGGAUAUUAGUCAAAUGUAGCAUCAAGUAUACCUUUCAUGUUUCACACUACUGAAUAUAUUCUUCACCCAUCCUCUACAUUUUUUUAAAACAUUUUCUUCAUCUCCAUAAGUGACAGUACUUGAUAGGCAGUUAGUAAUCUUAACAUAGAAGGGAAACUAAGAGACAGUUCUAUGUGGUUCAACAAAACUACUGAUAUUCUCAGGGGUGGUCCAAUGGGAGAAUCCAUUGAACUGGAAGAAACACACUGGAUUGGGUAUGUCCACCUGGCAGAUACUCAGAAAUGUAGUUUGCACUUAAGCUGUAACUUUAUUUGUUCUUUUUUCUAAACUCCAUUCUGGAUUUUGAAUGAAGCAAUAUGGAAGCAACCAGCAAAUUACUUAAUUUAAGUACAUUUUUUUUUUUUUAAAAGCUAAAAUAAAGACUGUGGAAAUGCCAAACCAAACAAAUUAGGACCUUGCAACGGUAUCCAGGGAUUAUGGUGAGAGGUCAGCACAUUGUCUACAUAUGAUAUCAUAUUUACCACGCAAGGAAAUUUGUUCAGUUUGUAUAUGCCAUAAGAAGGAAUGCAAGUAAGGAUUGGCUGGAAUUCCAUGGAAUUUCUAGUAUGAGACUCUAUUUAUAUUAAGUAGAAGGUAACUCUUUGCAUAUAAAUUGGUAUAAUAAAAAGAAAAAACACUCAAGAAAAAGAAUUUAUGAAUAGGUCAUUGGGUCAAAAGUUGUAAAUAAAUGUGAAAUAUUAUCUCAUGCAAUUAUUUUAAUACCCAACAUACUAAUUUUUUGAUAUUUUAUAUAAUAACUCCUUUUCUCACACACUGCAUCCUAGCACGAGAACCAUCUUUAUUAUGUAACAUUUUGAAAGAAUACUUACUGAAAGAUGAAUGUUCAGAACAAAUGACAGGGAUGAGUCUCCAGGAAAAGGGGACUUCACAUCAAAAAUUAGGAAAAUUAGAUAUGUUUUUUUUUUCCUAGAAAAUUCUACCCCAAUACAUUUAGAUUUUUAAAAUAUAUUUAUUUCUAGGGUUAAUGUAUUGGGACCAAAUCAGAGUCAAUUGUAUGAAAGAAAUCAAUUAGACUAAAAAUAUCUAUUGGUAAAGCAGAGAGAGUUUAAAGAAAAAGGAAAUAUAUGUUUCUUUUUCCUUUGAAAAAGCAAGUCCAUUCGCCUAUCCAAACCUCAUUUAUUUCACUGUUAUUUAUUUAGAGCCUACUGAAAUAGUUGUGCUAUGUGGGGAACACCUAGAUAAAUGGAAUAUCAUCCCUGACUUCCAAUGUUAUAGUCUAGGAGAUUUAAUUGGAAUGACAUUUUCAUUUCUUCAUGAGUUCAAGGAAUCAGAUUGCAUGAACUGUCUUGUGAAUAACUCUCAUAUCAUUCAUUUAGUAAGAGAUCUCCUGUGAACUCGUUUGGGACAUGAAUUAAACAUUCUUCAAAUGAUUGAAACUGACAAAUAGAAUAGUUUUAGUAUUAUCAUUCAAACAAAACUGGUCUAGAAGGAUGUUGCAUCACUGGCUAUCUGGUCUAUUGGGAUUCUAAACUUCACUAUUAAAUCAACAGCAGAUGGUGGUCUUAAGGCCAAGAACCUUGGAGACAUUGAGGUUGGCUUCUUUCUAAGCUGGGAGAAAUGAGGCUGACUGGGAAGAGCAGGAAAGGGGUCUGUGAGAUCAAUUGUGGUGAAGUGUACCCACAUAUGUUCCAGGGUUAAAGACUCAAAAUGAUCCAGGCACCACAACCUGGUAGCUCAGAGCUCUCUCAGCCAUUCAGAUAAAUCUCCAGGAAAAGGGCCUUCAUAUCAGUCCUCUUGAAAAACUGAAUAUAAGCGUCCCUUUCUAGAUAAAUCCACACUAACUCAUCACUUUUUUGCAUGCUAUACCUUGACUUUUUCUUUCUGAUUUACAAUAUUCAUAUGGUUGCUACUGGGAUACAGAAAACAGAAUUUUUUAUUUUGGAGAUGGAAAAAAAAAUUGACUUUUAAUUCUUAACUCCUAAGAACACAAGACUCUUACACUAAGGUGAUACCUAGAGAUGGAUAGAAGUAUAAUCCAAAAUGACCUAAAAUGCUUUAUAAUAGCACCACUUUACUGUUCCUUUUUAAUGGUUUCUGUAGUAUGUAAUUAUUUCAGUUGUUUUGUUUUGUUUUUGUCCUUUCUAAGAAAACAUAUUUGAGAGUAUAUAAGAAGGAGGCAGUAGCUUUAUUUGUUCCAGAGAAUAACUUGUUUAACCCAGUAGAGUAAAAUUUUAAAAUGCCACUUAAAGACUUCAAAAUACUUUGGAAUAUCAAAUUCUAGAGGCCACUUUUAACAAUAGAAAUAUGCAGAAUCAAUUAUAUGAAUUUGAGAAAAAUUAAUAUUAAAAUUAUACUGACUAUAUUUUUUAAAAUCACCCAGUGUUGUAGAUUACACUUAUCCUGGGGGAACCUAAUUUCAGGCAUGGAAAAACUUUGUAGCCAAACGGUUGUUUAAAGAAAGUAGCUCUUAAACUGAUGAGAAAUGUCCUCUAAUCCAGGGUAGCUCUAGAACCACAAGGCAUCUGCACCACAAAGAGGUGUUGGGUUUGCAGCAGCUCUUGGUUUUCUGAAUAAUAUUAGUAGCACAGUUUAGGAUGAGACUCCUUUUUCCAGCAACAUUCUUGAAGUAGCAUAAAAAUCAAUACAAACCUCAAACUCUAUUAAGAGGUACAAACUAAAAACCAGAUAUUCUUGUAGAUUAGUAAGAGUGAUUGAAUAACUGAAACUCGAGAGAAGAAAUAGUGUUCUUCUAAAUGUUAUCGUGUGUGAGCUAAUACCUUCUAAUGGAAGGACAUGGCAUGAAGAUUGUGCAUAAUUCUAAUAUGAGGGAAAAAUCAGUAAAAGGACUGUGAGCCUCUGCUUCUAGAUGAAGAAAGAACUAUCAGUGUGCUUUUUGAAGUGUCAAAAAUGAAGCAAAAAUGAAAAUGGUUUAAGCCUGACAGGGAAGGUUGUAAAUACAAGUUUUUCUAGGGUCAUCUAACCUUUAUUUCAAAACUUGAAUUAUUCAUUCAUCUGUAAUUGUUGACUAUUUAACUAGUAUGCAUAGUUCAUAAGGUAAUAGAAAAGAUGAUUAUGAAAGCAUGUAUGUAACAGGACAGAAUCAUGAUAAUACUGUAAGAUGUAGAUUUAGUUAAGUUUUCAGAUGUUAAAUGAUUUUAAUAUAAUUAAAUAAACUAGAAAACUAACCACAUAUAUAAUGUAACAAAAUAAGAUGCAGGAUAUGAAAAUGUGGAUGGAUUUUGCAUAGUAAAAGAAAUAAGUUUGCCAUUACAAAUUGUUAUUUGUUGGAUUUAGCUGAAAGUAGGCAUAUAAGGUUCCACUUGUGAAAACUUGUUUUAAAGCAUUACAAUUAAAAUUUUAUCUCAUUAUCUUAUUCCUAUUUCACUUUUUAAAUGCAUUACAUGUAAAGAGAGUUUUACUUUUUGAGUUUGUUUUGUAAACACCACCUUGUAGAAUUUAACAGGCAAAUAUAUUACAUAUGACUUUAAGGAAGAGGUCUUGAAAAUGAAGUAAAGGAAAUGUAAAUGUUCUAUUACCUUAUGCAGAGACAAAAAAAACAGAGUUAUAUCAUUUAGUAAGCAAGCAAAAUACGUUUAAUUUGUGGCAUGGCCUUUCUUUCUCUUGAUGCCCUCUUGUCUCCAAAACCAACAACAAAGAAUAACACAUUUCUGACAGAUAAAUGCUAAAUCAAGCAUUUCAAACUACUAGAUUGCCAUGCUUUUGGAUGCUAGUUAGGAGACUGAUGCAUUGCUAUGGAGCAAAGGAGAAAUCCAGGUGUAUACACUUCUAGUUGUUAAAAAAUAAAUAAAUUAAAUUCUCCUGGACAUACUGUGGGCAGAAAAUCCUGCUGUGCCUCUAUUGCAUUGACUUUAGUGUGUACCCUUUUACCUAUGUAGAUGCAUAAAGAUAGAUUGGUGUCACCUCGUUGCCAUUUGCUUAAGAACAAAGGACAUUACACAGAUAUAGAUCAGAUAUAAUUUGAAAACAUCAUUAGCAGUGGAACUCUUAUUUGACUGAUAUAAUAAUGAGGCCAACUUUAAUACUUCUUGGAAGAAUUAAUACAUUUUUUUUUUUCUGAUCCCGGAGAUGUCUUUGCAAGAGAAAUUAUCUCUGCAUGAAGUUGCUGUGGGCAUUGUGUCGGGCCAGGGACCCUUGUGUUUAUGUGGGCAAAUAUCGAUUAACACUGUGGGCUACUUUGUUCUUUCCAUUAAAAGAAACUCUAAAAUAGUAGAAAUUUCAGACAUUCUUUUCAAGAUCUACUGAUUUUGUAGAGGUCCAAAAAAUGAUGUGGGAUGUGUCACUUUUGCAGACCCCUGCUUUAUCUUAUGCCCAGCCAGGUGAUAUUUGGGGCAGAAGAAAAUGCUUCUAUAGAGAUGAGCUAAAAAGCCUCGAAACCCCAAUUUCAUGGGGGUAUUCACAUGCUUCCCCUGGAAAAUACUCUUUGACAGCCAACUUUGCAAGUAAGUGAUUACCUUGCUAGGACUCACACAUAAAAAAUUAUUUAUUUCCGAAUUUUAGAGGAAAAUAGCACCUUUUGUUAUUUUUCUCAUUGACACAACUACCCCUGUUUUCUUCACUUUCUACCACUCUCACUCAAAGUGACCCUCCUAACUCUGUUCUGUCCCUUUUGUAAGCCAUAGUGGAUCGCUGAGGUCCUACACCCUACUUUGUGAAACACUGACUUCAAGCCUUUGGCCUCAAAUGCCUGAUUUUUUUCAUAAAAGAGCUUAGCAAUUUGGACAUUUUUAAAAUUAUUUCUCAAAUAAAUUACUGCACAGAUAAUAUUUUACAGUAUUAAAAUUGGGUUUUUCCAUGAAGAUCGAUUCUCUAUGUUCUUCUCUGUAGGAAUUUGAGACAAAUUAGUCCUGUAAUGAAUUUUGAAACCUGCGAAUAUACACAUAGCCUGGGUAGGUCUUCAAUUUAAUCGUUCCAUAAAAAUGAUACAUAUGACCGAGAAGUUAUUUUUAACCAGCAAACUAACCUAUUUACUUUAUUCAUCUUAUUUUAUUUCUGAUAGUAAAUAUUUGAUAGCUGCUGUAAUUUUUUUUUCCAAAUGAGGAGUUACCUUUUCAUAAAGGCAAAGGUUAUUCAGCUUUGAGAACCACCUGCAAUUAUUUUUUUUUUGGAUCAUUAAUUCAUCUAACAAAAAUGUAAUGAGCGCAUUUUUACUUUAAUGAAAGUUCAUGUGUUUCAUAGAAUGCCAUUCUUUCUCCACUUUUUCUCCUUAAGGACAUUUUUCUUUUAAUGCUCUAGGGAGCUUUUCCCAUAUCAUGAGAAGUGGUUAUAUUUGUACAAAAACACAAGCAUAGGAAAACAAAGUUUCAUACCUGUAGGCCAUAGUCUAACUUGUCCAAACCACUUUGCCUUUACUGCUAUUUUUAUCCCUAAUGUGUAGAUGUUUCCUCCAGGCCUGUAGCUUUUUCGAAGGAAAGCAAAUCAUACCUCCUAUAUAUCAACAUAAACCUGGUGUUCAAGUAUCAUUUUCAGAUUUUUCAGUUAAUGGGGAGUUGUGCUUUUUCCCUUAAUGUGAGAGUCAUUUUCCUGUAUAUUUCUGGAUCUCUCAGGGGCUGGGAGGGGGGAGUGAGGGGACUACAACCAUAGCACUCCAAGAACCCUUUUGGGAUUAUUCCAGUAAUCAAUUACGAAAGUCAUUUUCUAAAUGUAGAUAUGUAAGCUGUUCUUUUAAAGUAAGGUACUUUGAAAUAUGUAGCAUAAACUGGUACUGCUGUUAAAUGGGUCGAUUAUUAAACGGAGCAGCUGUGUGAGGGCAGCUAACUUUGAAUGCACAUCUCACUGGCUGGUGUGUCUCCUUCUCAUGCUGGGAACACCAGGGGCAGCAUUGCUGCAUGUUGAAACCACAUUUUCAUGUGGUAUGACUCAUUCAUCUCCUUCUUGAGGACCGUUACAAUCAGAUCAAAUGAAAAUGAGAUCAACGUGCAAGAUAAUUCACAGCACAAAAAAAUAAGUCAUGUGAAAUUGUCUCUCACACACUCAUACCCGCAUCAAAGUCGUUUUCUAAAAUCAGUUUGGGUGGGAUAGGGAGACACUUUAUUGAAAAAGCAGAGGCUUAAGGUAUUAUAUACAUUUGUAUUCAUUUCCUUAUUUUCUUAACUUGUAAACAGAAAACAAGCCCUCUCACUUGUGAAGUGUCUUCAAAGGACAGGGGUGCAAAAGUACCUUGCUGGUAAGCCAUCAAUGUUUCAUUUAAAUCCACGCAUUCAAAGUUAGCUGCCUUUUUGAAAUAAACAAACAAAAAAUACUACUGUAUGUUUGAAAAUGUGAAUAGUAUUUUUAUAGCUUGUUAAAGACAUGGCUAGUUGCAUUUGUAAAUAAGGAUAAUGUUGCUUUGAUUUUCUUUUGUGGACAUCUUUAUUUGGAACAUAAUUGUCUUUAGAGUUAAUUUGUAUAUAAGUAAUUGACUUGUGAUUGUUUCUUUUUUGGUUGGAAGUUAUCAUUUGACAUUACUUGUGAUUCUGUGUUCUGCACUAUUGUGAUGUGUUCAACCUCUGCGCUCGCUUACACAAUAGGAUAUGCCAAUUGUGUGUGGUGUCAUGUUGUUUUAAUUAUUUUCUAUUUUAUCUAUGAAGGAUUAUGCACCUAACACAUACUAACUUUUUUAAUGUUAGGUAUAUUUUUAGUAUAAUUUCCCUUAUUCUUUCUUCUCCUUCUGACCCUUUGCCCAUUCUCUUUCCUUCCCCCUAUUUCUAUUGUUAUUUGAGAAUGAGGGAGAAACAGUGUUUUAAAUUUAUGUGAUUAGGCUUUUCAGUUAGUUCUCAAGGAUCCUCUUUUGGCUCUUGGGAAAGAAUUGUACCCGUAAAGGCAAUUAUAGAAUGCGAACUGCUUUGCCUCAUUCCAUACUGAUCAUCCCAGCUGAACAAUUUGAAAACUGUUCUGCCUUUUUGUUACAUGAAUCUGUCAGAAAUAUAUUUUUAAUUUAAUAUAAAUGAAAUUCAAUAAAAUAUGAAACAAAUGUU